GGAACACAAACAGCAGUCAUUGUAAGCCCCUUUUGUUUCUUUUUUAUUUAGCUUUACUUUAAAAUGACAUUUAUUACAUUUGAUCCGUCAGUCCAUGUUCACAUAAAAGCGGCAGAUGUACAGCGUGUUUAAGAUAUUUACCUUUGCAAUUUUCUUCAGAGACACGUCAUAUUAGAUUAGAACAAAAUUCCUUUUUUCUAAUCUACAAAUCAAUAUUCAGGUCUUUUAAGCAGGUUUUUCAUUUGCAUUGGUCUAAUUUGGAGAUCUCAGACUUUGAAUCUUCUGGAAAAUGGUUCUGCAGGUGGAGAAACACAUGCAUGGGUUAAAGCAGCGCUGACUUUAACAAGCAGGAGCGUGUUCCCCGGGCUUUCGCUCCAUCUAUGCAACCUAUUUUUGUGCAGCAUUCCUGUAAGCUAACUUGGCCAACCAAAUACUGGGUUACAAGGCAAGCAAGGUCAGGUUGCCGUUAAAUGCUUUUGAGAUUAGCAAAUUAAUCUUGAGGACAACUAUGCUGAAGUGUGUCGCCUUGGGUUUUGAUUAAUCAUCUUUUUCUCAUUUAAGCUAGUGAUAGUUUAGAUCAACACCCCACAUCCACAGAUAAAUAUAAUAGCCCAAAUCAAAAUUGUCCAGACUAAAAUAUCCCUGCUCUUGAUUUGAUUGUUUUUUUUUUUGCUUCUUUCAUUACACUCACUGGCUCAUUUAACAACGUUCUCGAAUAACCGCAGAGUCACCGUAACAUGACUGUAAUUCAAGAGCCACAGUGUGAAAAAACAAUAUUGCAUCACCAUCUUACUUUUUCCUGUCAUGCUCCACUUUUUAUCAUUUCCACUGAGCUGUAGAUUCAAUCUUUUUAACGUAAAGAGAGGUUUUUAUUUUUAUAUCCCGGAGGGGUGUUUAUUUGAGAAUGGGCAAUGUUCCCUGGAAGUGAUCCCGUGUGGAAUUACACUGGACAUGUCUUUAAGAUCUGAAGUAUUAACAGUUAUUUCUGAGGUUAAGAUGAGGUAGCUUGGUGUGGGAGGGGCAUUAGAGCCUGCCUCACCACCAAAGCACUGGGAGAAAGAAUGGCCAGCAGACAUGCUCGUUGUGAAGAUGACCUUUCCUGUCCAGUUUGUGGACAUAUUCUGAGUCAGCCAGUGCUCCUCACCUGCAGACACAGAUUCUGUAAGGCCUGUCUACAGGACAGCUGGGACGCACAAGACCGCAAGGAUUCGCACUCCUGUCCUCUGUGCUGCCGUCGCUCUUCAAUGGAUCAAAUUGUGGUAAACACUGCGCUAGAGAGGGCCUGCGAAUCCUUCAAAGACGACAGAAGAAGGAAUGACCCGGAAACUUGUAACGAGCAUGGAGCAAACCUCACGCUCUUCUGCUUGGAGGACUUGGAGCCCAUCUGUGGUCUUUGUGGCAAAGCAGCUGCACAUAUUGGGCACAGGCUCUAUCCCAUUGCAGAAGGCGCCCAUGACUGUAAGGAGGAGCUAAAGACUGCACUUCUGCCCUUGAAAGAGAAGCUAAAGCUGUACAAGAAUGCCACAACCGCAUGUGAGGAAGUGGCUGAACAUGUAAAGAACCAAGCUCAACACACUGAAGCGCAGAUCAAAGAGGAAUUCGAAGCUCUUCACAGGUUCCUUAAAGAGCAGGAGGCUGCGAGGCUUGCGGAUUUAAAGGCUGAGGAGGAUCAGAAGAAUCUAAUGAUCAGUAUAAAGAUUGAGGAGAUGAGCAACGAAGUGGCAUCUCUUUCUAACAUCAUCAGAACAGCAGAACAGGAGAUGAAAAGUCAAGAUAUUCAGUUUCUAAAGAAUUACAAGGAGACAAUCAGAAGAACCUGGAGAAAGUUUCCUGAUCCAGACAUGGUGUCCGAGGCUCUAAUUGAUGUGGCCAAGCACUUGGGCUGUCUGAAAUAUAAAGUGUGGGAGAAGAUGAAAAAAAUAGUUAAAUACACUCCAGUGAUUAUGGAUCCUAAUACAGCAGCAAGUUGUUUCAUCCUCUCUGAAGAUCUCACUGUGGUGCAGAACUCUACCCAGAUCUUCAAGCUCCCAGACAACCCAGAGCGCUUUGAUAUCAGCGCCGAGCUGCUUGCCGCCGAGGGCUACUCGUCUGGACGUCACAGCUGGGACGUGGAGGUGAACGACAACACCUACUGGGUUUUAGGCAUAGCCAGCGAGUCGAUCAACAGGAAGGGUAAACACGUGCUGACACCAGCAGAGGGAUUCUGGACUAUAAGAUACCGCAAUGGAGAGCACAAAGCCUGUACAGCGCCCUGGGAGCCACUCAACAUGUCUAAGAAGCCAGACGUGAUAAGAAUGGUUUUGGACAUGGACAGGGGAAAGGUGGCAUUCUAUGACCCCAGAGAGAGAUCGGCCCUUUACACAUUCACAAAUAUCAUCACACCCAGGGCCUUUCCUUAUUUUUGUACUGCUUGUAAAGAGCAUCCACUGAAAAUCCUACCAGAAAAGAUAACUUUGUCAACGGAGCAAUAGUGUUCAAGUUUAUUUAUUUCUUUUGAAUACUAUUCUACCAAAUGCUACCUUAAA